AUGUCUCACGAAGAAGAUUUGAUUGAUUACUCCGACGAGGAGCUUCAGACAACCGAUGCCGCAGCCACUGCGGCUGCCCCCGCUACAAAUGGAGCCGCUGCGAAAAAAGGUGACUUGACCGUCGCGGGCGCGCGUGCGGACAAGAAGGGUAGUUAUGUUGGCGUCCACUCGACUGGUUUCCGCGACUUCCUGCUAAAGGGGGAGCUUCUACGUGCGAUCACCGAUUGCGGUUUCGAACAUCCUUCGGAGGCUUUCCUCCACUUCCUGCAUCUUCCAACGUCCGUCCAUCACGAAACACUGGGUGAUCAUCGAAUCUAUGCAUCGCGAAGCCUGCAGGCGGCACGAGGAUACGCCUUCGAGAAGAGAGAAGAAUAUUGCAUCGCUGCUGCAUCCGGUGUCCUUUACGUUUCCCCGCGGGAUUCUUCAGGGCCUGCAAAGCGUACUUAUUCGGACUAUUUCCUGUUGUUUACCCGCUCUUUUUUACCGGAUUGUUAUCUUGUUGAUCUUCUCAUCAAAAACCCUCGCGAUGGACGGACGUUUGGCCUCUUUGCGUCAAUCAUGCCAAGUUUUGAGCUAUGGAUCGAAACCAAGUCUAACAUGUCCCUCGCUCCUCACACAGUCCAGCAAGUUUGCAUUCCGACCGCUAUUCUCAAUGUCGACGUUCUGUGCCAGGCCAAAUCUGGUCUCGGAAAAACGGCUGUCUUCGUCUUGACCACGCUGCACCAGCUUGAGCCUGUUCCCGGUGAAUGCUCAAUCCUCGUUAUGUGCCACACCCGAGAACUCGCGUAUCAGAUCAAGAACGAGUAUGCAAGAUUUAGCAAAUACCUCCCGGAUGUCAAGACUGCGGUCUUCUACGGUGGAACCCCAAUGCAAAAGGACAUUGAAACUCUUUCCUCCAAGGAUACCUAUCCCAACAUCGUCGUCGGCACUCCUGGUCGAUUGAAUGCUCUAGUCCGCGAGAAGAAACUUUCUCUUCGAAACAUCAAAGCUUUCGUUCUCGAUGAGUGCGAUAAGAUGCUUGACCAGAUUGACAUGCGACGGGACGUGCAGGAGAUUUUCCGCGCAACUCCAGCCGAAAAGCAGGUCCUCAUGUUCAGCGCCACUCUUUCCCAAGAGAUUCGCCCUAUCUGCAAGAAGUUUAUGCGCAACCCACUUGAGGUUUAUGUCGACGAUGACACUAAAUUGACGCUUCACGGCCUCCAACAAUAUUUCAUCAAACUUAGUGAGUCGGAAAAGAAUCGGAAGCUGAACGAGCUUUUGGACAACCUUGAAUUCAACCAAGUUAUCAUUUUCGUGAAGAGUACCUCCCGUGCAAAUGAAUUGGACAAACUUCUUCGUGAAUGUAACUUCCCAAGCAUUGCAGUGCACUCGGGCGUGUCACAAGAAGAACGUAUUAAACGGUAUAAGGAAUUCAAAGAAUUCAACAAGCGUAUUUGCGUUGCCACUGAUGUCUUCGGCCGUGGUAUUGAUAUUGAACGCAUUAACCUUGCUAUCAAUUAUGACAUGCCCGCCGAUGCCGAUUCCUAUUUACAUCGCGUGGGUCGUGCCGGUCGUUUCGGUACCAAGGGCCUUUCCAUUUCGUUCGUUAGCAGCGAAGAUGAUAUGAAGGUCCUCAAGGAUAUCGAGAAGCGAUUUGAAGUUGCGUUGCCUGAAUAUCCCGAGGAGGGAGUCGACGCCAGCACCUACAUGGCAUAA